AUGCAUGCGCUUCUGCCUAUUCUCCUCUCAGGGGCGGCUAUGGCCGCCACUAUAAACGCUCCCCUGAGGAAGCGCGCCGAGUGUGGGCCCGGAAUCGGGUCCUGCGAUCCGGGACAGUGUUGCUCAGAAGCCGGCUGGUGUGGAACGACGGCAGAUUAUUGCGGCGGCUCGCAAUGCCAACUCGAAUACAGCGACUCUUGCGAUACCUUUUUUCCGCCACCUGGUGCUAGCACGGAGAGUAUCGCGCGGCCCCUCGUGGGCUCCGUGCCUUAUGGCUCAAUUAUCACCACUUGUGCCAACCCAGGAACCUUGGCAUUGACCUAUGAUGAUGGCCCUUACAUCUACACCUCCAACCUACUCGACAUCCUCGAGGCCCAGAACGUCACCGCCACCUUCUUUGUCGCCGGCAACAACAUUGGCAAGAACCGCAUGGACAACCCCGAUACCCCUUGGCCGGCCGUAAUGCAAAGAAUCUAUGCCGCCGGUCACCACAUUGCAAGCCAUACCUGGACCCACCGCAACUUGAACGAGGUCAAUAGCACCAUCCAAAGAACCGAAAUGAUCUACAAUGAGAUGGCAUUCCGAAACCUGUUCGGCUGGAUUCCCACUUACAUGCGCCCGCCGUUCCUUGAAUGCGACGCCGGGUCAGGAUGCCAGAACCUGCUCAAGACGCUCGGUUACCACAUCAUCAACGUUAAUAUCGACACCAAGGACUACAUGUAUGAUUCGCCCGAAGAGAUCCAGACCGCCAAGGACCGCUUCUCCAAUGGUGUCUCAACAAAUGCGGCAGCAAACAAGUACAUCGAGCUGUCCCAUGAUGUCCACUAUCAGACCGUGGUCAACUUGACCCAGUUCAUGAUUGACACUGCCAAGGCGCGUGGUUAUCGCCUUGUAACCGUAGGAGAGUGCCUCAAUGAUCCCAGAGAGAAUUGGUACCGGUCUGCGGGUGGCGCUAUUAGCUCCGGCGUCGCAGUUGGCACGACCAGAACGACGACGACAACCUCGGUGCCCACUUCCGUGGCAUCGACGCCUGUCUCGACGCCGCAGACCAGAGCCACGUCUAGCACAGCAUCUACUAGCAUCGCAACUCGCACAUCGUCGUCAAGUGCCCCUGCUUCGACAAACGUAUCACCGGACCAGACCUGUGGUGGCACCGGUGGUUACACGUGCCUCAACUCAGUGUUCGGCAACUGCUGCUCCUACUAUGGAUUCUGGUAA